AUGGUUUGUGCAAUUCUCUCAAAUGUUCUGUCCGCCCUCUACGAAAUGAAAGAAGUUCGUGAAAAAAUUGAAAUCGCAGGUCCCACUAAUUUCUACAUUAUGAGCCUUUCGAAGUAUUUAUUACUUUUAUUCCGCGGUCAAUCUGUUGCCAAAUGUUUUAAAUAUAUCGAAGAAGAUUGGCAGAUUGCCGCAGAUCAAAAGCAUCGGGAAGUAAUGUUGAAGAAUGCGCACUAUGGAAGAUAUUUGACAAUUCUUUGCGGUGCAUUCAUGUAUGUGGGAGGAUUUGGCUAUCAUUUGGUUCGACCAUUAGUUUCGGAGAGAAUAAUUACUGAUAGGAAUAUAACAGUAAUACCGUAUCCUGCGCCGGUUUAUGGGAAGAUUCUUAAUACUGGUUACAGUCCGUAUUAUGAAAUUAUUUUCAUUACUUUGCUCAUUGCUGAUUUUGUUCUAUUCUCCGCGACUGUUGUUUCAUUCAGUUUCGCUGCAGUGUUCACACUUCACGCUUGUGGACAAUUUGAAAUUGUGAUUCUGCAUUUGAAUAAUCUUGUUAAUCGAGCGGAGGAGAAGAAAAAUGCGGCGCACGAGAGAUUAAUUGUUGUUGUUAACUCGCAUUUACGAGUUUUGAGUUUUGUUUCUCAGUUGGAGUCAUUGUUGAAUAAAAUAUGCCUUAUCGAAGUGAUGGGAUGUUCGGCCAUGAAACUUGGUGAAAAUGGAUAUAUGAUCGAUUGGCAUCAGCUACCAAAAAGUACAUCAUUGGAUUUGCUAUUUUUCAUUCGAGUCUGUCAAUUUCCAGCAAAAAUUUCAGCUGGAAAAAUCGUAAUACUUUCCAUGUCCACAUUCAGCACGAAAGAAAGAAAGAAAGAAGGAACAAUGGUUCUCAAAGAAUCUAUAGAUUUUAAUUCCGACAUGGAAAGUGAAACUUUAAGAACUAUUGCCAUAACUUUGGGACUGUGGCCAACAUCUUCUCUCGAUUCUCUCACCAAGAAGCUUGUUAAACGAUUCAUAAAUAUAUUGGCAUGCUGCCUUAUGACAUUUGUCAUCGUCUCCAAUAUUCUGUGUGGUAUUUUUGAAAUUACCAAUAUGGAUCAAAGGGUAGAACUUGUUGGCGCCACUAAUUUUUACCUCAUGAGUCUAACCAAAUAUCUACUUCUUUUAUUUCGAGGAAAGAGUAUUGAGAAAUGUUUGAAAUUCAUCAGGGAAGAUUGGCAACUGAUAAAGUCAUCAUUGCAACGAGAAGUUAUGGUGAAUUAUGCACAAUUUGGAAGACAAAUGACGAUAAUUUGUGCGACUUUUGUGUACUUUGGAGGACUUGGCUAUCAAGUAUUAAAACCUCUGUCGGCUGAUAAAAUAAUUACUGAAAUGAAUAUAAGUAUCACGCCAUACCCGUCACCAGUCUAUGGGAAAAAAUUAACUAACGGACUCAGCCCUAUUUAUGAAAUUCUUUAUGGAACGCUAAUUGUUGCUGAUUUUUAUUUGUUCUCCUCAACUGUUGCCACAUUCAGCAUUGCGGCAGUUUUCACAGUGCACGCUUGUGGACAGUUUGAAAUUAUCUUUCUCUAUUUGAAUGAUCUUGUUAAUAAAUCAGACGAAAAAACAGGUACAGCACAAGAAAGGUUAAUUGUUAUCGUAAACUCUCAUUUGAGAGUUCUGAGCUUUGUUUCUCAGUUGGAAGCUUUAUUGAAUGAAAUAUGUUUCCUUGAAGUUUUGGAUUGUUCCCUUAAUUUAUGCUUACUGGGGUAUUGUCUAAUUACGGCGAAAUUUGGAAGGCUCAUUACAAUUCUCUGUGCCAUUUUCAUGUAUCUUGGUGGUUUUUGGUAUUCCCUUCUAAUUCCUGUGACUACUGAUCCAAUUAUCACUCAUUAUAACAUUUCUGUUCAACCUUUUCCUUCCCCUAUUUAUGGCAAAUAUUUGACGAGCGGAGUUAGUCCAAUUUACCAAAUUACAUACAUAGUAGAUCUUCUCGCAAUAUUUGUCAUGUAUUCAACGACAGUAGUCACGUUCAGUUUUGCCGCAAUUUUAACAAUUCACGCAUGUGGUCAAUUUGAAAUUGUAACUAUUUAUUUAAAUGACCUUGUUAAUGGAUUAGAGAAAGAAAAAACGCCAGAUCUGCAAGAUAAGUUAAUUGUUACUGUCAACUCACAUUUGAGAGCGUUAAGUUUUGUUUCUCAAUUGGACUCUGCUUUUAACGAAAUAUGCUUCAUUGAAAUCCUUGGCUGCACUCUCAAUAUUUGUUUACUUGGUUAUUAUACUAUCAUGGGUUGGCGAAAUAAAGAAGAAUUUACGGCCAUCAUAUCUUACAUAAUUCUACUUUCUUCUUUUAUUUUUAAUAUUUUUAUAUAUUGCUUAAUUGGUGAAAUAUUAACUAUGCAGGCUACAAAAGUUGGAGAAAAGAGUUACAUGAUUGAUUGGUACCUAUUACCGAAGAAAACAUUGAAAGAUUUACUAUUUUUUCUCAAAGUUUCUCAAUAUCCGCCAAAAAUUUCAGCCGGGAAAAUUUUUAUAUUAUCCUUGGGAACCUUUAGCACGGUACUCAAAUCUUCCACAGCUUAUUUGAAUGCUCUUUGGAAAAUGUCCCAGUAA